CAUGCAUCUCCGAGACGCAGCGGCGUCUGUGACCGCGCACGCUGCCCGCAACCAUGACGCAGGUGACCCGGGCUGCCCGGCGACUCACUAGAGAGGAGGAGCAUGAAUUCCUGCCAUAUAAUGACCCUUCGCUCCCCGGUUUGUUGAAUCAGAGGCCGCUCACGCCUGCUGUGCACGCAUGGCUUCAGACGUACCACGUCGACGACUACUAUGGGCGCGACGGCGCCGGGACACUGCUUUCGUUCAUCGUCCACGGCGAGAUGUAUACUAGUGCCGCCGCCAUCCCGAAGGCAGAGCUCGUCUCGUUAGCCCGCGACCUGCUAGCCCGGGGGGCGGACCCAAAUGCAGGUAAGAACGGCGCAAUUCUGAUAGAGGCAUGCACUGGCCUCGCCCCAGAUGUUAUGGUCCCCCUGCUUUGUGAGGCGGGGGCCGACCCUAACACGACGAAGGACCACAAAGGUCGUACUGCACUAGCGUUCGUGCUGCGGGAGGUAUUAAAAGCGCAAAUUUCCUGCGGCGUCACGGCGCCAGUUGGUAUGAAGACACACUGGUCAGAGCUCGACACACUUGAACUGGUCAGAGCUUUGCUGCGCAGCGGCGCCCAGUUGGACGCGAUCGAGAACUCCGGUGACUCAAGCCUGGAGUACCCCUUCGUAGACGACCAGGGCCGCUUCGUCCGAGGCCCGCUGUCGGCCGAAUCAAUCCUGCGCAGCUACGAUAUUUACAUUCCCUACGAACAUACGAAUACGAGUCAACUCCCCGAGAUCAAGCGUCUGGUCGCCGGCGUCCGCGCGGCCAAAGGGUCCUACGCGCGCUACGUGAAAAAGGAGCUCCUGGUCCUUCGCGCGCUCGUGCGGAAGCGCCGCGCGACGAUCGCCGACGACAACCAACGAACGGCCUUCGACAUACUGGCCCGGAGCCCCGACGAGAUUGCCUGGCGCAUCCUGGGGUUCAAGCGCUGGUAGUUGCCUUCCCAGAUCGCUCGUCGUCCGCGACUGAGCCAAUUCCGCACUGCUCUUCGUGAGCCAUACCGCACUGCUCUUCGUGAGCCAUCCGCACAUCCGCACAUCCGCAAAGCUCGUACUGAGCCAUCCGCAUCGCUCUUCGUGAGCCAAACCGCAAAGCUUGUACCGAGCACAUCUGUAAAGUUUGUACUCGUACUGAGCCACACCGCACCGCUCUCCGUGAUCCAAAUCCCCUCCCCACGCGUCC